AUGAGCUUGUUCGCCGGAAUGGUCGGAAUUGUAUUCUACGGAGAAGUUGCUCUCAUGGCCAUGGUCGUCAACCUUUGCCCAUGGGAUAUUCCAGUUACGACCCCGACUACACAGACAACAUGCUUCGGCAAGAUCAACUACGUGUUCUGGCCGCCGCAUCCUACUUAG